AAUAUGAGAUAUUUCUGUAGCUAGUAUGUUAGGUGUGAUGGCGGACGAAGUGACACAUCAAGAAACAGGACGUGAGAUACUGCUGGUUGUGCAGUCUAUGAUUGACAUUUCAGCAUAUCGUUUGGAAGGAUUGAGAACACAAUGUGCAACAAGCGCAGAACUUACACAGCAGGAAAUAAGAACCCUGGAGGGAAAGUUAAUUAAAAUGUAUGCCCACCAGUUGAUGACAAAGGCAAAAAUGAAAGAUGAUACACAGUUUGCAGAGUUGGAACAUAUUCCAUCAUUGCAGCAGUGGCUUCGAGUGGUUGGACUAGGUCCAGAAUCAAUUCUGUGUGUAUGUCAGAAAGUGGAAACACUGGAAGCAUUACAGGAGAAGUCUGAGCAUGAACUUCGUAACAUCCUCAGUGAGGGAAAUGCAAGGGAAGAAGAGGUGCGUCGUCUCACCCGAGCCCUACACAAUCUUAAGAAAUAUACAGAAAUUCUUCUGCGUGGUGAGACACCCAGUGAAGCAGUUGAACUUACUCUCUAUUGGGAUUCAUGGGAUUGUCACCAAGUAAUAAAGAAUAUUGGCAGCACUUCACCUCAACCUCCUCGAAAUCGUGCUGACCGCUCCUCAGUUCCAUCAGAGGAUUGUCUCCCUUACAACAACAAUAACUACAACAACUUAGGUGGUUCCAUCUCUACACUUGCUACAGCUUCAUCCACAUCUUCCAUUAUUUCUCUGCCCCAUUCUAGCACACCAACACAUCAAGGUCAUGCCCCACUUUCACCUCCUGUGCACCAGUGCACACCACCCUCAACACCUCCUGUCAACAAAGGUAAAGGUGGUGAUAGAGGGAAGUUCCCAACAACUCCUCCUCCAUGUAAGAAGCAUCAGACAGGACUACAGCAACCAGCUGAUGCAUAUCCACUUACAAAGUCAAAAUCACAUGAAUCCCAAUUAGCUAAUCGUGUGGAAGGUGCUGAUAACCUUUCUAAUGUGGAACAUAUACCACGUCGUGGUCGUCUUCCUACUGAACCUGGCCCAUAUUGCAGUGAAAUUGGACAUAUAUCGCCAUUGCUAUCGAGUCCUGUGAAAUCUCCCCCAUAUAAUUCUGUGGGCAUGGAUGGCAGUGAUGACAACAUUUGCAAAUUCUUGACUAUUUCAGCCACCUUGCAAGUGCCAAAAUCUCCACACACUCCGACUAUAACACGCCCAAUGUGCCAUGCUAUAAACCAUCGAUUUACAAAAACUUUCAAGAUGAUGGCAACUUGUGACUUUUGUGACAAGCAGAUGUUUCUUGGCACAGGUUUGAAGUGCAAAGAAUGUAAAUAUAAAUGCCAUCGUGAUUGUGAGUCUAAAGUUCCACCAUCAUGUGGGCUGCCAAGAGAGCUGGUUGAUGAGUUUCGUAAAAGAUUGCAGCAGCCAGAUGGGUUUUUACCAAACCAGUCACCAAGCUUGAGUAGGUCCUCUCCAAGUCAUCGUGCAUCUAACAUAUUUGGUAAUCGAAAGAAUCCAAAGCGACAGCAUCCUCAACCUUCCAUCAACAUACCGCCCUUUCCACAAGGUCCAGAUUCUAGUUCCAACACUUCCAGCUGCAACAGCUCAACUCCCUCCAGCCCAGCUCUCAUCAUGACUACCCAUACGCCUCAUUCUACUACAAAGCAGCAGUUCCAUUUUCCAGAUGUGACCCAUAAACAAGAAGGAGUUACUCUAGAGACCCAUCCACUGAAGGAACCUCCUGCCCUUGAGGAAAUGAUUGAAACUCACAAGUCAAAUGAUAGUGAUAGAACAGUUUCUGUUUCUGGCUCAGGGAGUAUCAGUACAGAUUCUGAACGGACUCCUGUUAGGGUGGAUUCCCAAGACAGCCAAGUGUCAGAUGGUGAAGUUGUAGAUAGGUCUUGGCCUAGACAAAACAGUUUGUCUAUGAGGGAAUGGGACAUACCAUAUGAUGAACUAAAAAUUGGAGAGCCCAUUGGAACAGGUCGAUUUGGCACAGUGUACAGAGGAAAUUGGCAUGGGGAUGUUGCCAUCAAAGUCCUCAACAUGGAUUACCUGGAUGAUGAAAAAACACUUGAAGCAUUUAAAUCAGAGGUUGCUACAUUUCGUAAAACUCGCCAUGAGAAUUUAGUGCUGUUUAUGGGUGCAUGUAUGAAACUUCCAAGACUUGCUAUUGUCACCAGUAUGUGCAAAGGCAUGACUCUCUACACUCACAUUCACCUACGAAAAGACAAGUUUAACAUGAAUAAAACAACAAUAGUUGCACAACAGAUUUCUCAGGGUAUGGGUUACCUCCAUGCAAGAGGCAUAGUCCACAAGGACUUGAAGAGCAAGAACAUAUUUCUAGAAAAUGGGAAGGUUAUUAUCACUGAUUUUGGACUCUUCAGUGUUACAAAACUCUGUUUUGGGAACAGGAAAGGAAAUGGUUUAAGCAUCCCUCCUGGCUGGCUUUGCUACCUUGCACCAGAAAUCAUUCGAAGCCUCCGAGUCCGACAGAAGCAUGAUGAAGAGGAACUUCCUUUUACGAAGGCUUCUGAUGUGUAUGCAUUUGGAACUGUCUGGUAUGAAUUACUUUGUGGAGAAUGGCCAUUCAAGGCCCAGCCUCCAGAAGCCAUUAUCUGGCAAGUGGGUAAGGGAAUGAAGCAGUCAUUGGCAAAUCUUCAAGCAUCUAGGGAUGUCAAGGAUAUCCUCAUGCUGUGUUGGUCAUACCGACCAGGAGAACGUCCUGACUUUACCUGUCUUUUAAAGACACUGGAGAAAUUGCCAAAGAAGCGUCUGGCUCGUAGUCCAUCACACCCCAUACACCUCUCACGUUCUGCAGAGUCCGUCUUUUAAUAUAGAUAAUAAUAAAAAUUACAUGAAGUGAUUGGGAGUUGAUUUAUGCCAAAAAUGCCUUUUGUAGGGCAGAUUCUUAAAUAAAUGUGUAUUUAUUAAUAGAAAUGGUUCCAAAUUUGGAAAAUUCCAAAGUACAGCCACAUGCCUAGAAUCAUCAGUGAUUAGAUGAAAAGAGCCUUUCAACAUUUCUGCUUCUACUGUUUACAUAUAGCAUUUUAACCUGUGAUACUCUCACAUGUUGGUUACCCACAUAAUUUUUAAUUAAUGUUAAGGGUAUGCAAAUAAUGCAUUGAAUUUGGUCUUACACUUCCAAUUACUACAUGUAAGUUAACCUUUUGACCCAAACUUCCUUGGGUAAAAUAUAAUUUUAAAAACAAGGUAAUAACGGGUAGUUCAAUCUUGAGACUUUGAGUUACUUAUAAGCCCAGACCCCAUUGUUGCUGUAUUAGGAUAGAAAUAAGAUUUAAGCAGUUUUGAAGAAAAUAUGUUCUUAAUUUGUCCAUGUUUUUAUGGCUUCUUUAUGAGUAACUGAAAGUCAAUGGUUGAAAGCUGCUAGAAGACUUUCCUUUGGCAUAUAGUCAACAAUAAAUUAACCCUUUCACUGCCAAAUCUGUUGCUACAGGCUGUGCAAGAAUGUAUGGUUAUUUUUAACAAAACUAACACAAAAGACUAAUAUAUCCAGAAAAGAAGCAGAAAUCCAGUAUUUUGGAUAACAGUGCAAUACAGGCCUCUAUAAAUUGCAGCUUCUAAGCAUUGGCCAGAUCAGACUGUGGUAGGCCUAUCCCAGUCUGUGUCAUCAGCUCACUUGGUUUUCUGGCAGAGAAAGGGUUAAGAACAUAAAAAUACAGCAUAUUCUUAUGUGGUUAUAAUUAUAAUGAAUACCCAGUUUCCAUGUCGAUACAUACAGUAUUACAGUUGAACAUUACAACUUUGGCAGUUUAUUUCCAUGUUACUAGGAUGGUCUUGCAUCUUAUCUUGAUGUUUUGUGAUGCUCUUGCCUAGAACAAUUUGUCACUUAGUUGUAAUUCAUUUGACUCACUGCAGUCAAGUUCACUUGUACAGAUUAAAAUAUCUAAUCUUACGGCCUAUUAUACAGCAAGAGUGAGAAUUAGUCACUCAUCGUGCACAUAGCUUUCUGCCGCAGACCAACACAAUCAUUUGUAAACAAUACUGCAAUGCAAAAUGGAAAUUGUUUGAAACCUGAAGUGCCAUAUGUUAUUAUCAUUCUUGUUAAUUAAUGUUAUCAUGAUUGUGUUGUGUAAAUAGUAAGGAUUUAAUUCUAGAUUGUUUGUCUGCAAAUAGUUGUUGCAUCAGGUGUUUUUACUGUAGAAUCACAUACUUGCAUGUUGCAGUAGUGUUGUAGUAGCCUAUAAUACAACUAAUAUUAUUGUGGAAUAAACACUAUCUCUUAUCUAUGUAAAUGAUUUUUCUUAGUGUGUGGGUGGGACAGUAUUGUGUAUGUCAUUUAAUGCACUAAUGGCAGAAAAAAGUUCAACACAUUUUGGAUGCUGGAAGCCUAUGAAAGUUGAUUAUGCCACAUUGUUACUGUUUUUGAAUUGGGGGAUAUGGUUGAAAACAGUCAUCUUUCUAUUGAUGGCUGUAAAAUGCAUGAGUAUUUUAAACAUUCCAAAGAUGUAUAUACAGAUACAUAAUGUGUAUGUGUGUGAAGACUGGGAAGAAUUUCUCUUGUAAAUUUCUGUAUAAGUUUCACAGAACAUUAUGUUCACAUAAUGUGCUCAAAAUAUUAAUUUCUCUCUCUCUGUUUUCUGCACUAUACUUUGCCUUUAUUUACUUGCCAGUUUGGCUUUAUGUACAAUAUACUGUAUGUACAGUGUAAAAAUUGCAUUCAUCAUGUGUAAUGUGAAUACUUUAUCUUCAUUCUGAGAGUUCUAUUUAAUAAUUUAUUUUCUUCUCAAACAUCAGUACCAUCACUCAUUCGUUAUAUAUAUAUAUAUAUGUAUACAAAUGUUUUUUGUUUGUUUGUCUGUGAUUAUUUUGUGCCCUUUUUUACAUUUAAUUUUUAGUACAGUGAUUUGUAAUCUUGUUAUUACAGUAUAUUAGCCUUUAUUUAUUAUCUUGUAAAUCAAGUCUUGUUGCAAAUAAUACAAGAAAGUUGGUCAUA